AUGGCCUGGAAGACAAAUACCGGCUCAGAUAAGAGUUCAUUCUCGGACAAAUAUCACAUUCAAGAUCAAACGCCGAGAUGGCGACCAUGCUAUCUCCGAAGGGGAGUGUUACUUGUCUUCGCGAUCAUCUUCUGCAUUAUCAUAGCGGCUCUAGAGACACUCAACCAAAUAUCUCAAGCUCACAACGGCAUCGCAUCUUCGAACAAAAGUCGCCAUUACUUUUGGACCUAUGGCCCUACCGCAAUCCUCACCAUCGUCGCCUCAUUUUGGUCGCGGGUUGAGUUCCAAGCGAAGCAGAGUGCACCGUGGUACUCCCUGCUUCAUGGACCCGAACAAGCGGAGAAGAAUGUGCUCUUAGACUACAUAUCCGAGAUGCAAAUGAUAUCUAUAUGGAGAGCCUUGAAGAACAAGCAUUUUAUCGUCGCCUCUGGCGUGGCCUCGUCAAUACUUCUCCGCCUUCUCGUCAUCUUCUCGACCGGUCUAUUUUCGCUGCAACAAGUUCAAGUUCAAAAGUCCAAUGUUCCGAUUCAGAUGCACAGUAAUUUCAACAUCGAAAACUCCACACUUUAUGGCUUUGGGUUGCAGGCAUACGACAUUCUCAACGGUGUUCUUUUCGAUAACCUCCCCUUCCCCGACGGUUCAACUGCGAAUUUCGCAUUUCAGGAAUUCUCCGCCUCGGCUCUUCCAUCAGAUGCAAAUAUCACCGUCCCCAUUCAAGGUUUAAUGGCAGAUCUGGACUGUGAGGUCGCUGAUGUGACGGUUAAGGGUUGGCCGGCAGGCAAUUAUUCAAGCGAUCUAUUAUGCCGCGUCGAUCUGAAAACCCCGUCAUGCAACAUCUCGAACGUAAAACUCCAGAUGAUGUCUAAUGACGUCCCAAUUGGAGCGACACUGCAAGAAGGACAGUGCGACAAUACAAAUGGUCCUGGGGGCACACGCGUUGUGGCUACCAGCCAAGAAGCCAAGAUCGUUCAGAGCAAAGACGACGACGACUCUAAGAAAACAUUGCGUCGCUCCGUUGCAUUGAUCUGCAAACCAUCACUGAUGUCUAUGAGCCUCAAGGCACAAGCUAAGGCAUCCCAAUCAUCCUCGAAUGCUCGUUUUGAACCUCUUCAAUCUCAAAAUGCGACUUUGCCAGGCCUAACGGCUGGUAACCUUAUUCGCCCGGCUCUUAGUGGCUUUGAAAACACCAAUGGUUUCAGAGCCAUUGAAUCGCAUCGAAGAGUUGUAGGCAGCUUUUCUGCUCAAACACAAGUGGCACUUGGCAUGUGGCUCACAGGAGCAACUCCCAACCUUGAGCCCCUCUUUGAGGUUGAUGUGCUUCAAAAUGUAACUGUGUCAUACUAUCGCGCGAUGACCGCACAGCUUCUGCAUUUGGCUCGAUCGCAACACGAAGCAACAACCUAUGGCCAGGCGAUUGUACACGAGAAUAGAGUGCUGGUAUCGCAAGUACCCCUUCGAGUGAUGGAAGCCUUGCUCUCUUUGGGAGUCCUGCUGCUGGGCUCCAUGAUUUUCUUUGUAUCGCCUGAGACCUUAGCUCAAUGGAACCCGAGUUAUAUCUCAUCCAUUGUAACCAUUCUAGCCAAUAGCGAGGAUCUACGACAGUCUCUCCGCGGUACUGGGGCAGCAAGCAUGCAGGAUAUCUAUAGUCGCCUAGCCGGUCAAUACUACUAUUCGCAAAACACACCCCGAGGCAGUGCAAUUCUUAGCAUGAGCGGGGAUUACCAUGAGCUAGACCACCUCAAUCCUCCAUCCGAAUACGUCGCGUGGAAGCCAUUCCCAGGCCUUGUCUCUCGAGCUUCUGGCUUUGUCAUAAUUGCCAUGAUCAUUGCAGCCUUGGAGGUCGUCCUGCACCUCUCUCAGGCAGGGAACGGCAUCGCAGAUAUUUCUUUCAAUGAAUACUUGCACUACCUGUGGACAAUCAUCCCCGCGUCGAUUAUGGUGAUAAUAAGUAUUUUCUACUCGAGCAUGGAUUUCAAUACACGUUGUCUUGCCCCAUUCGCCCGCUUGAAGCAAUCUACUGGUGCCACCCUCAAACAUUCUUUGGGACUGAGCUUCCUGGACAAUCUCGGACUACACCAUAUUUUCCUUGCAGUUGGCUCGAGGCAUUUUGCGGUUCUAGCAACAACAUUGGCCACUGGGGCUGCCUUCUUUCUUACCAUCGUCACCAGUGGUUUAUACUCAGCCACUGAUGUUCCUCGACACCUCGGUUCAAAUUUUACACAAAAUGGUAGCUUUCCAAACCCUAAAUCCAUUGCUCCAGCGGCGUUGAACAUAGAUGAAUUCAGCGAGGUCACGGGAAUCGUGACUGCUAAAUACAUUCUCCAAGACAACCUCACAUUUCCAAGUUGGACAUGGGACGACCUUGUGCUCCCUGAAAUACUACCGCAUUCUGUAUUGAGUCUAGGCUCAAUGGAAAACUCUUAUGUAGACAUCCAAGUGUCCGCACUGAGAGCUGCUCCUUCCUGUCAGCUCCAAACGAGGGCAUAUUUGAAUCCAAACAUCACCAUGGAAAACAAUUCAACAGACAAAUUUAGACUGACCGUUAAUUUGCCCCGUCUGUCUUGUUCAAAUAACACCGCAGUGGGAAAUUGGACACAGGAAGUGUUCAGCGGGAAACAGCUCCAAUCCCAAAAUUUCGGAUACUCAGUCCACUCCCCAUGUUCCAAUCCAGACCCCAUGAAUCCCGGUCCCAAGCUCUGGACAAACUCAUACAUUUGGGGACAGCUAAGCAAUACAUCUGUCAAGAGCAUAACAGCCCUCAGAUGCAUGCAAUAUGCAGAAACAAUAGAUGCUUCAAUACGCCUGAAGUUACCAGGCCUAGAAAUUACCCCAAACCACCCCCCGAUUCCCGACGAGUCAUCCGCAAAACUCGUUCCAGAUGUCUACGUGCCGAUGUCCGAAUGGUGGGUUCUAAGUGACCGAGCCUCAUACCCCAUGAUGGACGCAUUCUUCCAUUUCCUGAUUGCCGGGAAGUACGGCAUUCCAAUCGAGGACCUUGGAGCUGCAGACCAAAGCGAAAAGGUUAUCAACGCCAUCAAACGCCAGAUACGACUUAUUACCGCACAGCAAUUUAACUAUUUCUCUCGUCGCACAUCGAAUGAAACAAUAUCUCGAGCAAGACUAGUCGGGAAUAUCACGAUGCCUGAUCGAUUGCGGUUGGUUCAAGAUGCUACUUCAACGCGGAUUCUAGAAGGAAUCCUUGCAGCUAUGCUUGUAUUGGGUAUACUUGGUUCUGUGAUUAUGAAUACGGAUCAUGUUCUGCCGAAGAAUCCAUGCAGUAUUGCAGCUGUUGCGAGUCUUUUGGCAGAUUCGGAUCUCAUAGAUCGACAGGCGUUGGAGAUGAUGCAUCCAAAAGAUAAACCGCUUCAAUCUAGCUUUUUUGGCCAAUGUCGUGCUUAUUUGGGCUGGAGAGAUGGGAAAUAUACCUCUGAACCGUUGGGUGUAGGUACAGAAACCGGAAGCAGGGGCAAAUUCAUGAUAUAUCUUGACUCGGAUGAUGAAUCCCGCGGAUGGGACGUAUCUCAGAGCGAGACUGAUGUCCGAAACAUAUAG